AUGCAUAAAUUUGCAUCGCCAUAUCACCCUCAGACAAAUGGACAAGUGAAAAUCUCUAACAGAAAAAUCAAAUCAAUCUUACAAAAGACAACUGGCGUAAAUCAAAAAGAUUGGUCUGAAAAACUCAACAAUGCACUUUGGGCCAAUCAGACGGCAUACAAAACCCCUUUAGGGACCACUCCAUUCAAUCUUGUGUACGGGAAAGCAUGUCAUCUUCCUAUAGAGCUGGAGUACAAAGCACAAUGGACUAUUAAGAAGAUGAACAUGAACUUUCAGGCAGCUGGAGAAAGAAGAAUGCUUCAAAUGCACGAGUUAGAAGAGAUCCGCCACAAUGCCUACGAAAAUUCCAAGAUAUACAAGGAGAAGACGAAGCUACGAUCAAGAUGGUCUGGACCUUUCACAGUAAAGGAAGUCAAACCGUAUGGAGCACUCAUUCUUUGGGGUAAGAAGGGAGAUACAUUUGUCGUUAACGGACAGCGUGUCAAACAGUAUCUUGCAGAAGAAGAAGGAAGAGAAGAAAUGCUAUUAGCAGAUCCGCCAGGCUAA